ACAAAAGGGAAUUUGUGGGUGUCAGUUCAGUCAGUCUUCAAAAGCAAAGCAAAGUUUUAAUUUUUUUCAUUUCUUGAAAAGUAUACAUUAACUCGGCUUCUCAACGCAGCAGCGAGCGAGCGAUAUCAGCAGUAACAAAAAAGAAUUAAAAAAACUUUGUGCAGGAAUUAUUUUCUGCAUGACAUGCAAUGCCGAUUGAAAUGAAAAACUAAAGCACCAAUUGCCGAAUUACGAACAAAGGAAAUUGCAAUCUUGCCAAGUAUCAAUUUUAUUAUUAUCUGCUUUGUGCAUCAGCUAUUGAAAAAAAACUUUGGUUUUCAUCAUGGCAAUGUCAAAAGUGAUUCGGGUUUUGGAAAAAUCCAUAGCUCCAUCGCCGCAUAGCGUUCUGAUGGAGUAUCGCAAUAAAAACGAAAGCAUCCUCUUUGAGUCACAUGCCGUUGCCCUGUUGUCGUCCCAAGAGUCGGAGAUAAUUCGCAAACAAUACACAAAAGUGUGCGAUGCCUAUGGUUGCCUCGGCGUGCUUCAGCUGAAUGCUGGCGAGAGCACUCUGUUGUUUUUAGUUCUGGUCACUGGCUGUGUCUCGAUGGGUAAGAUUGGAGACGUGGAAGUGUUUCGCAUACAACAGACGCAGUUUGUAUCGUUACAAAAUGCUGCUCCAAAUGAAGAUCGGAUUUCGGAGGUGCGGAAAUUACUAAACUCUGGAACGUUUUACUUUGCCCAUACGAAUCAGUCGGCGACCAGGGCUACAAAGUUUGACAUAACACUGUGUGCCCAGAGACGCUUCCAAACGGGCGAAACUGAUAACCGUUUCUUCUGGAAUCGUAUGAUGCACAUACAUAUGCUACGUUUUGGUAUUGAUUGCCAGUCCUGGCUUUUGAAAGUGAUGUGUGGUUCGGUGGAGGUGCGAACUGUUUACAUAGGGGCAAAACAGGCAAGGGCGGCAAUAAUAUCGCGUUUAAGCUGCGAACGAGCUGGUACUCGUUUCAAUGUGAGAGGCAUAAACGACGAAGGGCAUGUGGCAAAUUUUAUCGAAACCGAGCAGGUUAUUUACGUGGACAAUGAUGUGACGAGCUAUGUGCAGACACGCGGCUCGGUUCCACUUUUUUGGGAACAACCUGGCGUUCAAGUUGGCUCUCACAAAGUUAAGCUUUCGCGAGGAUUUGAGACCUCGGCGGCUGCUUUUGAUCGCCACAUGUCUUUGAUGAAACAACGAUAUGGUUAUCAGGCCAUUAUCAAUCUUCUGGGCACCUCAUUGGUUGGCAGCAAAGAAGGCGAGGCCAUGCUCAGCAAUGAAUUCCAGCGCCAUCAUGGUAUGUCUGCCCAUAAGGAUGUACCACACAUCAUAUUCGAUUAUCAUCAGGAGUGCCGUGGUGGAAAUUUUGCUGCUCUGUCUAAGCUAAAAGAACGUAUAACCGCUUGCGGCAUAAACUAUGGCAUAUUUUAUGCUGCCGCCGGAAAAGUUGUUCGUGAACAAUUCGGAGUUAUACGAACCAACUGUUUAGAUUGUCUGGAUCGUACAAAUUGUGUACAAACAUUCCUGGGAUUGGAUACAUUGAAUAUACAACUAGAGGCUUUGGGUUUUGGCGAAAAGAAAAACUUUACACGAUUCGAGGAGAUAUUCAAACAAAUGUGGAUAAACAAUGGUAAUGAGGUCAGUAAAAUCUAUGCCGGCACUGGAGCUAUUCAGGGUUCGUCAAAACUAAUGGAUGGUGCUCGAUCAGCUGCCCGUACCAUUCAAAACAAUUUACUGGAUAAUUCCAAGCAGGAAGCCAUUGAUAUACUUUUGGUGGGCUCAACGCUUAGUUCUGAGUUGGCCGAUCGGGCAAGAAUCCUAUUGCCUUCCAAUAUGCUGCAUGCCCCCACUACGGUUUUGCGCGAAAUGUGUAAACGCUACAAUGAAUAUGUCCAGCCUCAGACUGUGCGCGUAGCGGUGGGAACGUACAACGUAAACGGUGGUAAACAUUUUCGCAGUAUUGUCUUUAAGGACACCCUUUCAGAUUGGCUGUUAGAUUGUCACGCUUUAGCACGCUCAAAAGCAUUGGUCGAUGUCAAUAAUCCAUCGGAGAAUGCUGGCAAACCUGUUGAUAUAUUUGCCAUUGGCUUUGAGGAAAUUGUCGAUUUAAAUGCCAGCAACAUUAUGGCGGCUAGUACGGAAAAUGCCAAACUCUGGGCCGAGGAACUACAAAAAACCAUAUCGCGAGACAAUGACUAUGUGUUGUUAACCUAUCAGCAACUUGUGGGCGUUUGCCUGUACAUCUACAUUCGACCCGAACACGCUUCGUAUAUUCGAGAUGUGGCCAUUGAUUGUGUCAAGACAGGUUUAGGUGGAGCAACUGGCAAUAAGGGAGCAUGUGCUAUACGUUUUGUAUUCCACGGCACCUCAAUGUGCUUUGUGUGUGCCCACUUUGCAGCCGGACAAAGCCAGGUGGCCGAACGUAAUGCCGACUAUGCGGAAAUUACUCGUAAAUUGGCUUUCCCCAUGGGUCGUACUUUGAAAUCGCAUGACUGGGUAUUCUGGUGUGGAGAUUUCAACUAUCGCAUUGAUAUGGAUAAGGAGGAAUUAAAGGAGGCCAUAAAGAAUGGCGAUUUGACCACUGUACUAGAAAACGAUCAAUUACUGAAGGAACAGGAGGCAGGUAAUGUAUUCACCGACUUCCUGGAGGGCGAAAUAACAUUCGAUCCCACGUACAAAUAUGAUGUGUUUAGCGAUGAAUACGAUACGUCGGAAAAGCAAAGAGCUCCUGCUUGGACAGAUCGUGUACUGUGGCGCCGACGUAAGGCCUUGGCAGAGUCAGAUUAUAAUGCCGCCGAAUGGAAUCCCGGCAAACUAAUCCAUUAUGGAAGAUCCGAGCUUAAACAAAGUGAUCAUCGCCCUGUAAUUGCUAUAAUCGAUGCUGAAGUAAUUGUAAUUGAUCCGCGACGCCGAAGGAAAGUGUUCGAAGAGGUCAUAAAAGAUUUGGGUCCUCCAGAUUCCACAAUAGUGGUCCAUGUUCAUGAACCUUCGGCCGAUGAUGAAGGUCCCACAAUUUACGACGAAAAUGUUAUGUCUACCCUAAUUCAAGAGUUGUCGAAGAUGGGUGAAGUGACAUUGGUACGUUAUGUUGAGGAUACAAUGUGGGUAACGUUUCGCGAUGGUGAGUCGGCCCUGAAUGUGGUGGCCAAGGGAGAAACCAGUAUUUGUGGUCUACAUUUGAAAUUUGAAUUGAAGUCCCCUGACUGGAUGCGUCACGUGGACAAUGAAAUAGAGUUGUGCACAACGAAUACCAUUCCAUUGUGUGCCAAUCCCCAGGAACAAGCUUCGUUGUUGAACGCUACACCAGAAAUUCCCCAGAGACCAAAACAACCACCAGCAAGACCCGCUCCGGCACGACCUCCAAUACCAAUGUCACCAAAGAAUUCGCCAAGACAUUUGCCACAUGCCGGUGUUAUAAGUGUGGUGCCCGAGAUGUUGCAAGCCAAACCGGCCAAACCACCCAUGCCACCACAGCCGCAACAACCGCCACAAUUGCCACCACCACUAAGACCAGUUCCAGUGAAUUCGGUGGUAGAUACUCCAUCUUCUUCGAAAUCGCAAUCGCCAACGGAACAAAAUUCACCACUGCACUCCUCAUCGGGCAAGACAUCACCCGUAGGAACGGGAUCGAAUGCCAGUUCAUUGCCGCCAACGCCACCACGUAAUACGCAAAGCAAAAAUGUAACACCCGUAUCAACGCCUUCGCGUCAAUCCAAACAGUCAUCGGUUGAUGUGCAGGAUGCUUCUGCUGCUGCGGCCUACAACGAUAGUAAUAUUUAUGAGGAGAUCCAAGAAGACAUACCAGCACCUAGGCAUCCCCCGCCACCAUUUCCUCCCGUGCCCAGUGACAUUGUCAACGAAAGUCCACAACGUCGACCACCAGCCUUGCCGGCAAAUGCACCGAUGGGACCUCCACCACCACUUCCAGUUCGACGCGGACCACCGCCAAUUCCAAAUCGUGUAGGUGGUGCGCCCCCCUUGCCCAAUCGACCGAACAACAAUUGAAUUUCCAGCCGUUGUACUUAAGUGAAAAUUGCAUAUACAAAACAAACAACAAACAAACAGUAAGUAGUAGAGCCUUUGCUUAUAACAACAAAUAUAAAAAGCGAGAGGAAAAUUUAAACAUUCCAAGGAAGUAAAUAAUAUUCCAUUAUCUUCACCAAGAAGAUAAGCUGAAAGAGGUUUGAUAAAAAACUUCCUACACCAUUUGCAAUUGCAAUUCAAACAUUAAACUUAACUAUUUAAUGGUCACAGGAACUACCAAGUCAAUAGAAUACUAAUUAAUAUGAGGGUCCUCAGGAGUUCCUUACUGAAAUAUAAAGAAACACAUCACCACUACUACUACUACAACUAUACAUAAUAUGUUAUUGCAAUCUAAAAAACCAGAAAUAAUUUUAAAGAAAAAGUAAACUAGUGCAAAUGACGAUGAAAACUAGCUCAUACCUAAAUACGCUUACACAAGACAAACAUUCUUUUUAUUUUUUUGUUGAAGAAGAAGAUGAAGAAUCAAAGUAACAUAGAAUAGAACAAAUUAUCACAUCUCACGUCUAAUACACAUAUUCGUAUGUGCUGUUUUACAUCCCAAAAAAAUAAUAUAAAAACAAAAAAAAAAGAGAUAAACUAAUAUUCUAUUAAACAAUUAAGUUUAUGCUAAAGUAUUAAAUAGCUGUAACAAUUAUAAUAACAGAAAAACAAAAACUAGUCAAAUGUCCAAGUGGAAUAAAAAAAAAGCAAAAUAAUAUUUAUAAUGGAAUGAAACUUAAAAUUAAAAUACAAGGAAAUAUAAUGUUACGUUAUUUACAGGGACUGUGAUCAGUUUCCAUUGGUCGUUUAUGAUGUAUUAUAGGUGUAAGCAUUAAAAACAAAACGAAAAAACAUAAUAAUGAUUGGCAUAUUGCAAAUUAACACCACAUACUUACUUAUUUGUACGCUUUUUCCCACUCCCCCUCUUUUUACCCCAUUCAGAGCUACGUGAUAAUUGUUACUGAUUGUCCGAGUAAAAAUUCUCAGGAAAAAGCCUGAAACUAUGCAGUUAAAUUUUUUACACGAAGUUUCGUCCUGGGGCCAAAUCACAGCAGUCGAAGUCGAGUACUUCAGUAUCGUAUUGUAGUUUACGAGGAUCACCGCAGUCGUUAUCGAAUUGUUUUUUUUUGCCCCUGUUUAGAAGCCGUUGGUGCCAAUAUAUUCCUGGGUUUCUUCAUCAUAUGCUUUGAUGAUACUGAUCUACCCAAUGUUGGUCAAAGGAAACUGUUGGAGAAAGAUAGAGUAUACUUUUAGGCGUCAACGACCGCCUGAAGAUUUUUCUAUGGUAAUUAAUGAUUAAUUGCUGUUUUGAUUGAUUUUGAAAAUUGAUGCUUUUGCUGGGCGUCUGAAAGACUUCUGCGAGGUACCACAAUGUGAUUUGUUAUUGGAUAUAAAUGAUGGGCCGAUCAUUGAGCAUUGAUCUUGGCUCAUAUAAAAUUGGCUGUCCGUCUUUUCUUAUUUAAAGUUUCUUAGAUACAUUUUUUACCACUCGUGGGAUUUCAGUUGUAAUAAAAGCAAUCAAUAUAGGUUCAAUUAAAAAAAUAUGAAAGAAAUUGGAACCAUUUAAAGUAUAGCUUGUUAUUUUGAGUUCUCAGUUUUUGCCCCUACAUCCAAAAAUUAAACAAGUAAAAAGCUGUAAGUUCGGCCGGUUCAAACCUUGAAUACUCUCCACCAUAUGGAACGAAUUUGGCAAUUUUCAAAAAAUAAAAUCGGUUAAAAAUUCUCUUAAAAUCAGCAAAGACUACUUUUGUCACAAGCCAUUACAAUACUCAAAUGCGAAACUUGAAAAAGAAAUCGGUGAAUAAUGUAGCUAAAAUCAUCAAAAUACCGAAUAUAGGGAGGUACCAUUAUGUGUGGGCUAUACCAAAACGUGGAUCUGCACAGACAAUUUUCUGUCAUAGGCUGUAUCCAUCCAUUACGAACUUCAAAUCCCAAAUUUGAAACAAUUCCGGUGAAUACUGUCGCUUAAAUCAUCAAAAUACCGACUAUCGGGAGGUACCAUCAUAUGGGGGCUAUACGAAGACGUGCACCUGCACAGACAAUUUUCUGUCAAAGGCUUUAGUAUCCAUUAUGAACUUCAAAUACCAAAUUUGAAACAAUUCCGGUCGCUAAAAUCAUCAAAAUAUCGAAUAUCGGAAGGUACCAUUAUAUGGGGGCUAUACCAAAACGUGAACCUAUAUGGCCCAUUUUCGAUACCAUAAGUCCAGUGCAGACAUAAUAUACAUCUGAGUACAGUUUUAUUAACUUACUUUAUUUCGUUCGGAAGCCAGAGUGAUUUCUGCAGACGGACAUCGCUAAAUCGACAUAAAAUUUUAUGGUGAUCAAGUUGAUAAAAACCGAAUGACAAACUUGAUAUACCACUAUGGUGGAGGGUAUAAAAAACUGAACUUGAAACAAAAUGUAAACAUAAAUAUAUGGAUCAAAUUGCUUGUUGGCCCAAUUCGACUGGAUUCACAGCAUUUUUAAUCUCAAUAUUUAUUUUUAGUUGGCUCUUUUAAUUCAUUGUAGUUUAAUUUAAUUCAUUGUAGUUCCCACAUACACCGCUCCUAUUAUAUAUCAACAAAUGAUCUAUUAGAUUUGUUAUCAAAUUGCAGUGGUGAAAAUUUAUUAUGAAAAAAAAAAAACACAAAUUACCAAACUUACCACAUCAAUUCGUCACAAAAAACCAAACUAUUACAAACUCGCCUAAGUAAACCUAAUAAAAAUAUUGAAAAAAGCAAAGAAAUUUCUAUCGUUAACGUUUUAUUUGAGAAAUUUUAAAGUUGUCUGUUGAAUGUAGUACACUGAUGAUGAACACUCUAUAUAAUAAUUAAUAAUAAUAUUCAAAUAACACAAAUAAUAAUAAUAAUUAUUACAACGGAUUAAACAAACAAACCAUUAAUUAUAUUACGAAUUAUGUAGGAACAUUAUUAUUAUAAUUACGAUUAUUAUUGCAAUAAAAGCGAAUGGCUAAUACAUAUGUUAUCAUGUUAUAUUUAUGUAUUUAAUGUAUAUGGUUAACACAGAUAUAGAUUUUGGUGUCGUAACGGAUAUAAGAAAAAAACACUCACUCCUUAAUCAACAAAAUGCAGUAUGUAAUAAAUGUUAAAAUGCUAAAUACAUAUACAUCUACUAUAUAUAAACUUAUAAAUUAUAUAACAGCAAUCAAUAAAACAAAUAAUAAAAACAAACUAACUAAUAAACACA